ACUGAGACAGGUUUAUUUGCACCCCUGGCCCAAUCUGAGCAGUUUGCAGCUUCUUCCUGUUCGGACAAACAUGGCAAGACUCCGGAGGAAAGCUUGCAUAGCUCUGCUUCUCUUCACCAUAUUCGUAUUUGGGACCAUGAUGGGACUGAGGACCCUGAAGCCCACUGAUGGAUUCUCGGAUCUGUCUCCGGGUUUGGACCUCCUGCCGAUGAUAGCAGGAAAGGUGGACCGGCGCUCCGUUCCCCGGGACGCCACUUCAGCUCCGGGUCAAGCCCAGCAGCCGGCAGGCAGCAACACAAAAACAGUUUUGUACAACUCCGGACCAGAGGGAAUCAUAUUUUAUGAUGUUCAUAUUUUUUAUUACACCUGGUACGGCACCCCACACAUGGACGGCAAAUACAUUCACUGGGAUCACAUCCUGGUACCACACUGGGAUCCCAAAAUCGCAUCCGGUUAUCCGAGAGGGAGACACAUGCCGCCGGAGGACAUCGGCUCCAGCUUUUACCCCGAGCUCGGUCCUUACAGCUCCAGGGACCCGGACGUGUUGGAGUCCCACAUGGAGCAGAUCGGGGCAUCUGCAGCAGGGGUUCUAGUCCUGUCCUGGUAUCCUCCUGGCCUGGCUGACGAUAACGGGGAACCCGCUGAGGAUUUGGUACCAGCCGUACUGGAUGCUGCUUAUAGACACAACCUCAAGGUUACAUUUCAUCUCCAGCCAUACAGAGGACGAAACGACCAGACUGUGCAUGACAACAUCAAAUAUAUCAUUGACAGGUACGGUGACCAUGGAGCCUUCUACAAGUUUACCACCAGCACAGGAAAGAGUCUUCCUCUCUUCUACAUCUAUGACUCCUACCUGACUCCUCCAGAGUCCUGGUCUGAAUUUUUGACUCCCACAGGCUCCCACAGUGUGCGAGGCUCAGCCUACGACUCCAUCUUCAUCGCCCUGAUUGUGGAGGAGCGACACAAGCACGACAUUCUUGCUGGAGGCUUUGACGGCAUGUACACCUACUUUGCCUCUAAUGGUUUCUCUUUCGGCUCCUCUCACCAGAACUGGAAAGCCAUCAAAGCUUUCUGUGACGGAAACAACCUGCUCUUCAUCCCCAGCGUGGGCCCGGGCUACAUCGACACCAGCAUCAGGCCGUGGAACAACCACAACAUGAGGAACAGGGUGAACGGGCGUUACUAUGAGACGGCCCUGCAGGCGGCGCUGAACGUGAGGCCAGAUAUGGUCACCAUCACGUCCUUUAACGAAUGGCACGAGGGAACGCAGAUAGAGAGGGCAAUGCCUAAAAAAACUGUGACCCGUGUGUACCUGGACUAUCAGCCACAUGGACCAGAACACUACUUGGAGCUGACUCGACGCUGGGCCGAGCAGUUCAACAAGGAGAAGGAGCAGUGGCUCAUGUGAGCGAUCAUCAAAGUGACUUGAAACAGCAUGCUUAAGUGAAGUGUGUUUAAACUUUAAAGAGGAGAGUGAAUGUAGACAUCGAUCAGAGUGGAUGUGGGUGUAGAAGGACAUUCUUUUAAUGUUUGUUGACUCGACAGUGUGAGAGUUUCUGCGGGUGUCGGUUAUCCUGCACACAUACUCAACCGCAAAAACAUGACUCUGUGUUAUUGGCAUGAGUUUGUUUACCGGUAAGACUGAAUUAAAGGGUUAUUCUGCAGAAUCUGGUCCCUUUUCUAUUGAUAGCAAAGAUUUAUAAACGGUUCAGCAGGACUCACUCUGAUCUCUGUUUAUUUAAUGCAAAUUAAUCAACAAUUGUCUCAAACACUUGUGAG